AUGGAUUCGGAAACAGACAAAACAGUAGAAGGAAGUUGCCUUCUCUGGCAAGAUCUGUCGGUAACCCUCGCAUGCAACAACUUCGGAACCCACAGUAAUGUCGUCGGCUCCUCGCCGUCGACGACCAAGUACUUGGUGAACGGUCUCACCGGUCUGGCUCAAUCCCACCGGAUUAUGGCCGUCAUGGGGCCUUCCGGCUCCGGCAAGUCCACCUUCCUCGAUGCCUUGGCUGACGUCUUCCUGGGGACACUGACGGUGAAGGAAACGCUCUACUUCGGCGCUCGCCUGAGGCUGCCGGAACUUAGCAAUGCCGAGCUCGACGAGGUGAUCGAGGAGACGAUGGACAAGAUGGGUCUCGAGGAAUGUGGGGACACCAAGGUGGGGAACUGGCACCUGAGAGGGAUAAGCGGCGGGGAGAGGCGGCGGCUGAGCAUCGCCGUCGAGAUAUUGGCCCAGCCGGAGGUGCUCUGCUUGGACGAGGCCACGACGGGGCUGGACAGCGCGGCGUCGUUCUUCGUGGUUCAGGCGCUGCGCAAUGUUGCGAGGAGCGGGAAGAUCGUGGUUUGCUCCAUCCACCAGCCGACCAACGACGUGUUUCGGCUGUUCGAUGAUCUGCUGCUCAUCUCUUCUGGGGAGGCGGUUUACUUUGGUGAAUGCAAAGGUGCUGUCAAGUUCUUUGCAGAGUCCGGGUACCCCUGCCCGACUAGAAGAAACCCGCCGGACCAUUUCCUCCGGUGCAUUAGCCCGGAGUUCGAUCAAGUCUUGGCAGCCCUGAAGCAGACACAGCGAAGGAACGAUGCCGAUCUCUCAGCAGCAGAUGGCUUGCUGAACGGGACAACAGCAGAUGCCAGAGCAACCCUAGUGAACAAGUACAAAUCGUCCAGUUUUGCUGACACUGCGACGAAAAAGAUUCAAGAACUCGCAUUACUACUGAUCACUGAAAAACAUGAUGAUGAUAGCCAGAGUAGCAGUCAAGUUGUGCCUGUGAAGAAGAGGAAGCAGCAGCAUCAAUGGUGGAGCCAAUUCUGCACGUUGACACACCGCUCCAUCUUGCACAUGUGCAGGGACCUCGGCUACUACUGGCUCCGGAUCUUCUUCUACAUCAUGGUGGCGCUCAGCACGGGUACCUUGGAGUUCGACAUUGGGACCUCCAGCGAUGCGGUCAUAGCCAGAGGCAAGGUAGACGGGUUCCUCUACGGCCUCAUGAUUUGCUUGUCCAUCGGCGGCUUGCCUUUCUUCUUGGAUGAGAUCAAGGCCUUCCGUGGGGAGAGGGAGGGAGGGUACUAUGGGGAGGCUGUAUAUGUGCUGUCUAACUACCUCUCCUCAUUACCUUUCACCAUAUUCAUAUCGAUCUCGUCCGGAUCCAUACUGUACACCAUGGUGAAGUUCCACCCGGGCUUCUCCCACUUGCUCUACUUCUGCAUCAACCUCUUCUUCUGCAUCUCGGUUUCAGAAGCCUGCGUCUUUUUCACCGCUUCUCUCAUAUCCAAUCCAUUGCCAGCCAUGGGUGCUGCAAUUGGAGUCACCGUGCUCAAUCUAAUGCCAUCCGUGGUCUUCCGGCCAAUACCCGACCUUCCCAAGAUCUUCUGGAGGUACCCUUUGUCCUACAUCAGCUAUGCUGCCUGGGGAACACAGGGGAAUCUGAAGAAUGACAUGAUGGGGCUGGAAUUCGAUUCUGAAAUACCUGGAAGGCCAAAGAUAACUGGCGAAUUCAUUCUGGAGGACAUUUACGAGCAUGCCUCCUUUUUCUCGUCAAUAUUAGCACUUAGCAGUGCCAUGCGAAACCCGCCUGACCAUUUCCUCCGGUGCAUUGCACCGGAGUUCGAUCAAGUCUUAGCCGCUCUGAAGCAAACACAACGACUGAACUUUGCCGAAAAACAUGGCGAUGAUGACAGCAAGAGUAGCAGUGAAGUUGUACCUGUAAAGAAUAGAAAGAUUGGGAAGCAGCAGCAACAUCAAUGGUGGAACCAAUUCUUCACACUAACACACCGCUCCAGCUUGCACAUGUGCAGAGACCUCGGCUACUACUGGCUUCGAAUCUUCUUCUACAUCAUGGUGGCACUAAGCACGGGAACCCUGGAGUUCGACAUUGGCACCUCCAACGCUGCAGUCAUAGCCAGAGGCAAGGUAGACGGGUUCCUCUAUGGCCUUAUGAUCUGUUUGUCUAUCGGUGGCUUACCUUUCUUCCUCGACGAGAUCAAGGCCUUCCGUGGAGAGAGUCAGGGAGGGUACUAUAGCGAGGCUGCUUAUGUGCUAUCCAACUUCCUAUCCUCAUUACCUUUCACCAUAUUCAUAUCCUUCUCAUCAGGAUCAAUACUAUAUAGCAUGGUGAAGUUCCAUCCUGGUUUCUCGCACUUGCUCUACUUCUGCAUCAACCUCUUCUUCAGCAUCUCCGUCUCAGAAGCCUGUGUCUUUGUCACUGCUUCUCUAGUAUCCAAUCCAUUGCCCGCCAUGGGUGCUGCUAUUGGUGUCACCGUACUCAAUCUAAUGCCCUCUAUCAUAACUCGACCACUACCCGACCUUCCUAAUAUCAUCUGGAGGUACCCUUUGUCCUACAUCAGUUUUGCAGCUUGGGGAACACAGGGCAAUCUGAAGAAUGACAUGAUGGGACUAGAAUUCGAUUCUGCAAUACCUGGACGGCCGAAGAUAACAGGCGAAUCCAUUCUUAAGAACAGUUAUGGCAUGAACAUAAGAUACUCCAAGUGGUGGGAUGUAGCAGCUCUCUUCUGCUUGCUACUAGCUUACAGGCUAGUCCUAGUCUUCACCAUUUACAACAAGCAGAGAAUACCGACUCCAUUCCGUAGAAUUUACCCCGAGAGAGGUCUCAAACCCACCAAGAUUCAGCAGGCUUAACUGAAGAAUCAACAUUGAAACACUUAUGCUAAGUUGUUUGAACUGAAAUGACUGCCAAAAUUAUGAACUUUUACAGUGUGAUCGAAACUUACAAGCAGUGAAAUGAAAUACCCGGCAGCGGGC